AUGCUGAACAAGUGUCCGACCCUGCUGUUGGCUCUGAUCGCGGUGGCCGGACUUGUCAAGCGAUGCCGGGGCUGGAGCGACGAAGACAUGCUGUUGCCGCCCGUCAACUCCUCCAACAGCUUCUUGGCCGAAAUGGGGCUGGACGUGCGUCUGUCCAAGAGGUCGGCAGAAGAGAACGAAGCUUCCCCGGACGCGUCGUCCCUGCAGACGCCGUCCCAGUGCAACGUGAGCGUCCAAAGACUCCUGCCAGCCUCGUUGGUGGCUCGCUGGGACAGCAGCUUCGGCUUCCAAUGCGACGUGCUCAUAUACACUACCAACAACCACGGACGGGCUUUUUUCUCCGCCUCAUUCAACCGGGCCAUCUCGCCCGUCAUCAUCGAGCACCUGGGGACCACCGGGGGUCAGCAGGAUUUGAGGCUGUGCGUGGGCUGUGGGAUGUCCCGCUACAGGAGACUCAGUCCCGGCAGGGCGAGAGGGCAACAGAACGCCGAGCAGGUCACCUUCUGCUGCGUGGAUUUCAGCCUCGACGAGCUGAAGGGUGACAAAAGUUGGAGGCUGAACAGAAAGCCCAUCGAAUCAACACUUGUGGCUUGUUUCAUGACUCUGGUCAUCAUCGUAUGGAGUGUUGCUGCUCUCAUAUGGCCGGUUCCUAUAAUUGCAGGCUACCUGCCUAACGGAAUGGAGCAGAGAAGACCCAGAUGA